AUGGUGGGGAUCACGGUGCCCAUCUUCAUGGACAACAUCCCACUGGUGAAAUGCGCUAAUGCGGCGGCGGGGGCGGUGCCGACUGUCGACCUGUCGGCGCCGGGCGCGGCGGCGGCCGUGGAGCAGGCAUGCCGCAGCGUGGGCUUCUUCAGGGCGAUCAAUCACGACGUGCCGAUCGCGCUCACAGACGCGCUGGAGGCCGGCGCCGCGGCCUUCUUCGCGCUGCCCCACAAGAGCAAGCUGGAGGCGUCGGCGAGCCCCUUGGGCUACGGCAGCAAGAGCAUCGGCCGCAACGGCGACGUGGGCUGGCUCGAGUACAUCCUUCUCUCCGUCGGGUCCGGCUCCGUCGCCGCCGCCUCCCUGCCGCCGUCGCUCCGGGCGGCGCUGGAGGAGUACACGGACGCGGUGCGCGAGGUGGGAGCGCGUGUGCUGGAGCUCAUGGCGGAGGGGCUGGGGCUCGCGGAGGAGAACCGCGACGUGCUGCGGCGGGUGGUGGCGUCGGACGAGGCUGACAAGAUGGUGCGCGUGAACCACUACCCGCCGUGCCCGUGCCCCCUGGCGGCAGGGCAGCGCGGCGUGACGGGGUUCGGGGAGCACACGGACCCGCAGGUCAUCUCCCUUCUCCGGUCCAACCGCACCGGGGGCCUCCAGAUCAUGCUCCCGGACGGCCGCUGGGUCUCCGUGGCCCCCGACCCGGAUUCCCUAUUCGUCAACGUUGGCGACUCCCUGCAGGUGCUGACCAACGGGCGGUUCCAGAGCGUCAAGCACCGGGUGGUGGCGCCGGCGGAGGGGGAGCAGUCGCGGCUGUCGGUGAUCUACUUCGGUGGGCCGGCACCGACGCAGCGGAUCGCGCCGCUGCCGGAGCUGAUGCGGGAAGGGGAGCUGAGCCUCUACAGGGACUUCACCUGGGCCGAGUACAAGAAGGCCGCCUACAAGUCCCGCCUCAGCGACCACCGCCUCGGCCCCUUCGAGCUCUUCCCCGCCGCCGCCCAAGACUGCUGCAGCAACGCCGUCCAGCCGCCGGUGCCGGCGCCGGCGCCACCUCACGUGGCACGAGUGCACUAG